CCCACCCGUACAUUACACUUUAUACUACUGUCGCUAUAAUUUAUUAAUUAUUCGCAUUUGUUGAACUUAUUGUAAAAAGAGAAGAUAUCCAUAGUUUGAUAAAUAAUUACCUUAAGCUGAAAUUUAAAUAGUGACGUGGAUUAAUAUUGUUAAUUCUCUAAUUAGUUUGAAGUCUGUAGGUGUCUAAUGUAAUUUGUCAUUGUUUUCUCCAUUGUGUUUUCAUUGAAAACCAUUAUUGACGCAAGUUAUCGAAAAUGCCUAUCCUAUUUAGUGUUGUUGCGCGCGGUACUAUUGUUUUAGCGAAAUAUGCGACAUGUGCUGGUAAUUUUACCGAAGUUACAGAACAAAUUUUGUCAAAGAUACCACCUCAUGAUGACAAACUUACCUACUCCCAUGGAAAUUAUCUAUUUCAUUACAUUGCGGAAAAUAAAUUGGUUUAUUUUUGCAUUACUGACGACAAAUUUCAACGUUCGAGAGCAUUCCUCUUUUUAAAUGAAAUUAAAAGGAGGUUCACAUCGUUAUUUGGUGAUACUGCCCAAACUGCCAUACCAUAUGCCAUGAACAGUGAAUUUGCAAGAGUCCUUGCUACUGAAAUGAAACACUAUAGUGAGUCAAAGGAUCUGGAAACUAUUUCCAGGGUCCACGGAGAAUUGGAUGAACUUAAAAAUAUCAUGGUGAAAAACAUAGAUAAUAUGGCAAUGCGGGGAGAAAAAUUGGAGCUGCUUGUAAAUAAGGCAGACAAUCUGGCCACAAGUUCAGUUUCAUACCGGACUUCGGCAAGGACUCUGCAACGUUCGCUGUUUUGGAAAAAUAUAAAAAUGUAUGUCAUUCUGACUCUAAUAGCUGCAUUAGCAAUUUAUCUGAUCGGGGCGAUGGCAUGUGGCGGUCUCGCUUGGAGAUCCUGUGUUGGCUAAACUGAUAUUGUUCCUAUAUCAUAUUUCAUAGUAUACAACAUCAUAUUAUUAUAUCAGAUAAUUAAUUCAGUUAAUUAGUAAAUAAACGUAUCCAAAUAUUUAUCAUAUAAUUUUGAAAAAUAUUAAAAAUAAAUACAUAAUUUAAAAAUUUGUUGUAGACGUAGUGAUCGUUAGUAUUAUUUUAUUAAUAGCAUGAAAAUAAACAAAAAAAUAUCUUUAUGUAUGAGACAAGUAUUUCGUCUCGCUUUCACUAGUUCAUUUUCAUUCUGUUAGAAUAGAAUAAUCGUUACUAUAUUAUAUGAUAAUAAUAAAUGUAAUCACUUCUAUUUACAAAUAUCUUCUUAGAAUAGAAAUUCUCAGCCCAUCACAUUCCAAUCGCAAACCCAAAUAUCUAAUUAUUAGCAUUAUUUUUUGUACGAAAUCUGUUUUAUUUUAAUUAGCAACACUGAUAAAUAUAAACUUGCCUUAACAUAAUAAUAUUAUUAUAAUAUAGUCACUUAUGUUUUGAUCCUCUCUUGUUCACAAUCUAAGCUCAAUUUAAUUGACUCAAUUGAAAAAAUCCCGUAUAUGGAAUUAAAAAUAGGUAGCAGAUAUUAGAUAUUUGAUUGUUUUGUCAAACCUGUUAACGGAUGGUGUGUAACCGAAUUGUAUGAUUUGUUGGUAUUCGAUGUCGGAUAAAAUAUAAAUGUUAAAAUAACAAGAAUCCAAGCAUAAAUCUUCUAAAAACAUUGAUUUAAAAUCUGGAAAAAUCUCAAUUUAACAUCACUAUUAUACAAAAUUAUGAUUUAAUAUCGUUUUUCUUAAUGAAAUGUUUCUUAUCCACAUACGAUAUCUUAAUAAAAUAAAUUCCAAAUUUUCACAAGUGCAGUGUUUACUUUGUUACAUUAUACCGAAAAUUUAUUGUGAACAAUAGCGGUCUUACUUAUUAACGUUGCUUAGCGCCUUAGCGCCUUUAGUUAAACACUGACUUCGUUCUUACUGUCAUUAUUCAUUUGACAUUCGAAAGAAGAAGACAGCAUUGUUAAACUUUACCCGCUAAACAACGUAUAUAAGUAAGGUAAGUAUAUUGUUUAUCAAUUUAAAAAGGAAAUAUGCAGAUAUGUAUCGGGUUGUUUAUAAAGCAAUUUUUUAUUUAAUUUUAAAAGUAAUGAUGAAAUUAAAAACUUUAAUAACUAUGUAAUAAAAAAAAUUGUCACUUUAAAUCUCGUAUCUUAUAAAAUCUAUUGUAUAAAUUUAAUAAUCAGGUAUAUUGACCAGUUAGUAAAGAAUUACAUGUGUUACCGAAAGGUAAUCAAAAUAAAUGAAUUCAAGAUAAUUGUUUACUGUGAAUUAAAAUAUCAUAAAAUUGGUUAUGUCUUCGAGACUUUUGAGGAAUAGUUAAGGAUGAUUUUUAUUUCGUCAAAUUAUAAUGUUUAAGUACUUUAUAUUUUUUGUGCUUUAUUAUUCGACAUAAUUUCUUUGUAAUAUUAUUAUGGAAAUUAAUUCAAGUAUAAACUACUACCUACCUAUAUCUAUAUAUAUACCUACUUCUGAACACCAUAAGCCCAGAGUAUUUUUUUAAAAUAUUAUUAUUAGCCAGAAAUAGAAGGAAACUGUGUGUUGUUCAAUCUUUAUUUUCUUUACAAUAAAUUAAUAUUCUUAAAUUUUGUUCCAUAAUAAUAAUGACAUUUAUUAAAGAAAAUGUAUGUAUUGUGUGAUAAUCUGUUUUAUUUUAUCAUUGAAUUGUUUUAUGCAUUAUAAAGACUUUAAAAGUAUUGUGAUAUCUUUAUAUUGUAAGUAUAAUACGAAUUUGUUUAAUAACCAUGUGGAACCAUGUUAUAAAUUUGUAGAUUA